GCGGGAGAGAGAGCAGGGAGGAAGAUAGAGGAGGGUAAACAGUGAGAAGAGCAGAGGCAAGAGUGAGAAGGAAGAGAGCCCGGGAGGAGGAGGAGGAGGGGAAAGGGAGGAGAGGAAAGGUGAUGGCGCUGAAUAUGGAGCAGAAUGCGGCCGAUGGCUGGGCGGCGACGGAUGGCGUGAUCGCGCGUAAAUUGUUCAGUCAAGGCUAUUCCUUCACAUAUGAUGAUCUCAUCUUCCACCCUGGCCAUAUCUCGUUCGCGGCCGAUGACGUGGACCUCCGUGGGCGGGUCUCGAGACGGAUUAGUCUCCGUGUUCCUCUUGUGAGCUCUCCCAUGGACACUGUCACUGAGGGCACGAUGGCGGCGGCUAUGGCUGCGCUCGGCGGGAUCGGGUUCAUCCAUUACAAUAAUCGACCGGAAGAGCAAGCUGCGCAGGUAGUGCGCGCCAAGCGGAUUCGUCCUGGCUUUGUCGUUGAUCCCGUGGUAUUCGGUCCCCGCGCUACUAUCAAGGACUUAGAUAGAUUGAAAGAGACGCGAGGGUUUUCGAGCGUCUGUGUGACGGAGGAUGGGAGAGUAGGGUCCAAACUCCUUGGAGUCGUGACGAGUCGGGAUACCGACUUUGUCCCCGACCGAAGUACGGAACUGAGUGACGUGAUGACCUCUGACGUGAUCACCGUCCCGUCUAAGUGCUCGAGAGAAGAAGCGGAGAAGAUUCUUAUACAAAGCAAGAAAGGCAGGCUGCCCGUCGUCUCAUCAAACGGAGAGCUGGUGGGACUGAUGGUGAGAGCAGAUUUAAAGAAGGCCUUGGCUUAUCCAGCAAGGGGCGAGCCUUCACUUGGCCCUGAUGGCAAAAUUUUGGUCGGUGCUGCCAUAGGUACGCGGGAGGAUGAUAAGGAGCGGCUGAAGUUGCUGGUUGCUGCAGGAGUGAAUGUGGUGAUUCUGGAUUCCUCGCAGGGGGAUUCCACAUUCCAGUUGAAUAUGUUGAAUUAUGUUAAGAAGAACUAUCCUGCUCUCGACGUAAUUGCUGGGAAUGUCGUUACUGUUCCUCAAGCUCGUCGGUUGAUUGAAGCAGGAGCAGAUGGCCUUCGAGUUGGAAUGGGAUCGGGCUCCAUUUGCACAACACAGGAGGUGUGCGCUGUUGGGAGAGGACAGGCAACAGCUGUGUACCAGACGGCGAAGUUUGCAUCUACGUACGAUGUUCCUGUCAUUGCGGAUGGAGGCAUAGCGAACUCAGGGCAUAUAGUCAAGGCCUUGGCUCUUGGUGCUUCGUCAGUAAUGAUGGGGAGCUUCCUGGCAGGCACGGAAGAGACGCCUGAUGAGUAUUUCAUGAAGAACGGAAUGAAGUUGAAAAGGUAUCGAGGAAUGGGAUCACUCGAAGCCAUGUCUAAAGGAAGUGACACACGGUACUUUGGAGACAAAUCAGUACUCAAGAUUGCCCAAGGUGUAUCAGGUGCUGUGGCUGACAAAGGUUCCGUUAUGCGGCUCAUUCCUUACACGAUGCAGGCUGUGAGACAUGGAUUCCAGGAUCUCGGCAUCAAGUCACUGAAGGAAGCAGCUCAGCGGCUAUACAGCGAUGAGACGAAAAUGGAGGUUCGAACCCCAGCAGCACAGAAAGAGGGUGGCAUUCAUGACCUGGUGAGUUACGAGAAGCGCUUGUUUUGAAGUUCGAAGUCGAGUUCAAGAGUAUCUAUCCAGUUUCGCCGCUUUCGCGUGCAUCUGCGCCGUAGUGGACGUCAAGUUUGAGUGUAUAGUUCCGGUCUCAAAGAGAUUGUGACAGUCGACAUCAAGCUCGAGCGUAGAGUGGGACAAUGCCCAUUCGCGGCCAGGGUCCAGAUGUGAGUACAUUCCGGAGUGGUCCCAUUCCGCAUGUCCUGCUUGCUCGUUUUUCUUGUGUCGGUAGAGAUCAGCAUUUGAUGGGAGAGUGUUCAUAAAUAGGGAAGGAAUUCAUUAUGCUUUCAAUCAGGAUGGGUGACGGUAGACAGUACAGGACCACAUGGAUUGGAGGUGAAGCGUUCCGUCCAGAUGAUGCACAGCCAAGCAAAAUGUGGAGGAGUUCAACUGAAUGGGAUGGGUCAGAGGUGU